AUGGGGAGUGCUUCAUCCUUGUUAUCAGAACCGGAACCUAAGUUUGAAGUUACGAAUACUUCUGUAAGAGCAUUACCAAAUAUACUAUUUGAUGCUGAUUCUAUUCCAUUCAAGACGCUGAAAUUAACUAAUAAUAACAUCCUAAGUAUACAGCACGAAGUGCAACAGCUUACAAGUCUGGAGGUAGUUGAUCUAAGCCACAACAAGAUAGCCCGUGUUCCAUUUCAAUUAUUGGAGCUACCUCGUCUCAGGUGCCUGUCACUCGCGGGUAAUUGUCUGCAAAAAAUAUAUGAUGUCAACAAAGCUACUAAACUGCAAUAUCUUGAUAUUAGUGAAAAUCAUUUUGAAAGCAUGUUAGAUGUCCAUGGAUUAUUUGAACUCAACAAACUCAAAAAUCUUCAAAUGAGAUCCAACAGACUGACAGAAAUACCAGAUAUUAUCAGUAAACUACACAGUUUGCAAUACCUUGACUGUAGUCUGAAUGAAAUUAGAAUAAUUAACAAACUUCCUGCCGCAUUACACACUUUCAAAUUACGUGCUGGACGAAAUUCAAGGCUAACAAUUGUCAGUAACAUUGGUAACACUUGCAGGCGAAUGAAACACUUAGAUCUAAGUAACAACCACAUCGAUUCAAAAGACGAGGCAAUGGAUAAUGAAAUCGGAGUCUUAUCCACAGUCUCACAAAUGACGAAACUUACAUACCUUAAUGUUGAAGCUCGUGCCAACUGCAUCGUAUCACUUCCUGAAAAGAUGGCUCCAGAAAUGUUAGAAGAACUAUAUUUAGAUGACAAUGAGCUAAAUGAUAUUUCAAAUGUCAAAUUUAAUUCAAUGGCAAAGUUGAGAAUUCUUUCCUUGAGAAACAACCAUCUACAAACCAUACCUGACAGCUUGGGGCGUGUAUUUAAUUUAGAAACAUUGGACCUCGAAGGUAAUCAGAUAAAUGACAUCCCAGAAAACCUUUCAUGGACAAGAUUGAAAAAAAUCAACCUUUCAAAAAAUAAGCUGAAACAGUUUCCUACUCAGCUAGAAAAAGCACCCCAGCUUGAAAAUUUAAACCUUUCCAACAAUACACUUGGCGACACUACAACUAGAACAUUAUUCAGUACCUUGCAAAAACUGAAAUGCUUAAACAUCAAAAAUACUGAUUCUAAGCAUAUUCCAGAUGGAUGUUGUCAUUCUGAAAACUUAGAAGAACUUAUACUCAGCGACAACAAUAUUGAGGAGAUUCCACAUGACAUCCAGCAGAUGAAGAAUCUACAAGAACUGCAUAUUGAUAAUAAUAAUAUUGAGGUUGUGCCAAAACAUGUAUUUCAACAUACAUCACUUAAAUCUAUCCAUGCAAAUGACAAUAAGAUACAUACAGUAUCCCACAAAAUAUCUGCAAAUAAUAAAGGGCGUAGAUUAACACUAUUAGAUAUGAGUAAUAACAUUCUUAAGUCCUUGCCAAGUUCACUACAAAAUGUUACAACCUUGAAGACGUUUGAUGUGUCUUACAAUCAGAUGUACUUUAUCCCAUCUGCACUGGUUGAACUUACCGCCACCACAGAUAGUGACAAUAAGCAAAGAGAAAUUUUAAUUAAGGGUAACUUAGCAAGGAAUAUUCCAUCAUCUGUAAAUAAAAACGUUCCACUGACAAACUUGAAAAGUGUUGGAGAUGAAUCUGAUAUCAAUCAGCUGAAGAGAGCAUGUAUGUACUUUAUUGGCUCAAGAUCUUCUGGAAAAUCCCUUUUGAUGAGAAAGUUGUUGUUGGCCAGUGGUAGAAAAUCUGGUGUCCCAGAAACAAAUUCAUUAAAAAAUAAUGCUGCUUUCCUUAAUAGCAAUAUUUGGCCGGUACAUGAUGACAUUGACAUUAAAGUGACUGAUUGCAGCGGGCCUGUCGAGCUGCAAGCUAUAGCACAACUAUUUUUUGUGACAAAUGCAGUAUACAUUAUAACAGUUAACUUAAAGCAAUAUGACCCAUCCGGUGACAGUUUCAGACAAAAGUUAUCGAGAGCUGUGGACCUAGUAACUGAAAGAUUCGACUCACAGAAAUGGAAAUUACUGGCACAAUUUCUCGGAAUACAAACAGAAGCAAUUGAUAGAGAGCGUAUCUCCGUGAAAGACAAGUUACGUACAAUGGUGCAGGCAUGGAGUGAGAAGCACCAAGCACCAGCUCUUAUCCCGAUGAUGAAAGACAAGUUAGUUCAAGCAUUGAGGGUUGUCGGUGAUGCCCAGUUAGCAAAUGACAUUGAGCAUAUUAGUAUUCAAAAUUGGACAUUGUAA